GUCGGACCUCCUCCUCCUGACAGCAGAGCUGCGGAUCUCCUCACGUCCUGCGUGGACUCCGAACGCCGCUGUGGACAUUCAGGACACUUCCCCCUCAGCUCCGGACCACCGAAGCGCAGGACUCGAGUCCCUCCCGGGGGGAGCCAGGAGCACCAUGGCCGCGGAGCAGGAGCCCUCCUUCACCGUCAAGCUGCUGCAGCUGCUGUUGCUCUCCACGUACUGGGGCAUGCAGAUCUGGGUCACCUUCGUUUCCAGCUUUGUCAUGGACAACCACCUGAACCGACACACGUAUGGGUUCAUCCAGAGUCGCCUCGUACCGUUCUACCUCCACCUGGGCUCCGCCUGUGCUUUCUUCAACCUCACCAUCUUUGCCAUGUACCACCCCCAGGACACCAUGGAUGACAGAGAAGCCUUCCAGAUCUUCAUCUUCUUUGUGUCGGUGACGGUCGCGGCUGUCAAUGCUCAGUGGUUUGGCCAGAUGACGUCAGAAAUCAUGGCAGACAUGCAUCUGGUGGAGCAGGCGUGCGGACUCGGUCAGGACAUCGGACUGUCGUCUAAUCGCGAAGCUUACGCCAAGCUGUGUGAAACGGAUGUGAAGUACAGGCGCCUCAGCAGCCGCCUGUGGCUCUACAGACUCUUGUCGUCUCUGUGCAACCUGUGCUGCAUAGGCUGCAGCUUCUACAGUCUGUGCUACACGGCCGAGAACCUCGUGGCUCUGUGAAGUUGGCCCUCAGCUGCUGGACUGUUUCGUCACCCUUCAGAAAUCCACAUACUGUUCUCUAAAGGAAGCGGAAACUCUUGAGUUCAUGAAGUCUUUCUUUAUCUGUCUGUUGGAUUUGGCGGUGAGAUCAGGUUUACCUGGUUGACCUGGUGGAGUCAGGGCGGCAUGCAGUGAACGGUGCCUCAACUGUGUUUGGCAGGACGCAGGAACCUUCAAAUCUCCACGGGUUCCUUUGUAGUCGUGCGCGCUCUUCCCUUUAACAGGGUUUGGUUUGUGGUAAAGUGUGUGUUAUUCAGCACUGUGGAGUUUCAGGUUCCUGCAGGUUUGUCUGGGUUUAGUGUGGAAGGGGAAAGGUUGAGCUAUCUUUAGCUCCUCUGGCUGCUGCUGCUGGAAUGAGGAAGGCCGGUUAACCCCCCCCCCCCCCAGCUGCUCAGGCAGAAACCAGCUUCAGAAAUGCUAAGUUCCUUUACGAUGCAUUCGAUUGCGACGCCUGCAGUCCAACUGAACGACGCGGCGAUAGAAAAAGGCCGUGUGCAGCAGAGACGUCCGCUGGGGUCGCAGUGACUCCAUGAAGCCAAAACAAUGCAACUCUGGGAGGAAGAAGUUCCCGCUCCGAGGGGUCAGGUGCUCCAGAGAAAUGCCUCCCUGAUUUCCCAGCAUGCAGCUGGUUGCCUUUUAAUGUUUUCAUGUUGCGGUGAAGGAUUUUGGACGGAUUGUUUCAGUCAAAAGUUGCAUUGUGGGGAAGAAAUGAAGGUGAGACUGUAGGGGGGCCGGGGGCUUGACUUAUUUGUAGUUUGUCUGAUUUUUCUGUGGUUGGUGGUGAAUCUGUUUGGGUGUGAAACGCCUCCCAGUGGGUCAAAUGAUUGGUUUGUGUUGGAAUCUGUACAUGAACGCCUGAAUUCAUGCCAAAGACUUGAACUGCUGCUUUCUGAACCCGUUACUGAUGGCAGGGAAAGGCUUUGGGAAAUGCUGUGCGUUGGCCGUCCGACACAGAAAUGCAGCCUUUUCCUGUCUGUCCUUAAAGCUGAACAUCAGUUUGUCUGUUGGAAGGUGAUUGUUCUGAUUGUUUGUUUUUUACAUCAUUAAAUGCCGAUUUUAAGACAA